GGUCUUUGCCGAGCACCAAGUCACGUGACCCUCCUCAGUGGUUCCCAGGCGGUCACAUCGAAGAACUCGAGACAAUGCAUCAGAAGGUGGUGUUGGCGGUUCUUCUGGCGGCAGGCCUCCUCUGCCUCUCGUUGGCUCCUGUCGCUCAGGCCCAAGACCUGACCGAGGACGAUCAGGCGGAUGACAUGGACGUGGAGGACGUCCUGGACCUGGCCGGAGUCGAGGAGGAGGAAGACGAGGAGCUAGAAGGUGAUGUGCAGGAUGAAGCUCCGCCUCCCCCUACAGUUCCUGCAGCUCCAAAGGUGACCUACAAGGCUCCUGAGCCAAAGGGGGAACACUUCUUUGCUGAGUCGUUUGACCGGGGAACGCUGGACGGGUGGGUUACGUCAAAGGCCAAGAAGGAUGACGCUGAUGAGGAGAUUGCAAAGUAUGAUGGUAAAUGGGCUGUGGAAGAGAUGAAGGACAGCAAGCUGCCUGGUGAUAAAGGUCUGGUCCUGAAGUCUCAGGCCAAACAUCACGCCAUCUCUGCCCUGCUGCUGCGACCUUUCACCUUCGACACCGAGCCUCUCAUCGUCCAGUACGAGGUGAACUUCCAGUCCGGCAUCGACUGUGGUGGUGCCUACGUCAAGCUGCUGACCCAGACGCCUGAACUCGACCUGGACCAGUUUGUGGAUAAAACUCCGUACACCAUCAUGUUCGGACCCGACAAAUGUGGAGAAGACUACAAGCUGCACUUCAUCUUCAGACACAAAAACCCCAAAACCGGAGAGUAUGAAGAAAAACACGCCAAGAAACCUGACGCUGACCUGCGGACGUACUACACCGAUAAGAAGACACACCUGUACGCGCUGGUGGUGAACCCCGACAACAGCUUUGAGAUUCUUGUGGAUCAGACGGUGGUGAACAGCGGCAAUCUGCUGAAGGACAUGAUCCCCGCUGUCAACCCCCCCGCUGAGAUUGAGGACCCUGAUGACCACAAACCAGAGGACUGGGAUGAGAGACCAAAGAUCCAGGACCCUGACGCCGUCAAGCCCGAGGACUGGGAUGAAGACGCUCCCGCUCAGAUUCCAGAUGAAGAUGCAGUGAAACCAGACGGCUGGCUGGACGACGAGCCCGAGUACAUCGGUGACCCUGAUGCCAUCAAACCUGAAGACUGGGAUGAAGACAUGGACGGCGAAUGGGAGGCCCCACAGGUCCCCAACCCUGUCUGUGAGAGCGCGCCUGGCUGCGGUCCCUGGAAACGGCCGACCAUCGACAACCCCAACUACAAGGGCAAGUGGAAGCCCCCCAUGAUCGACAACCCCAACUACCAGGGCAUCUGGAAGCCCAGGAAGAUCCCCAACCCAGCGUUCUUUGAGGACCUGCACCCGUUCAAGAUGACGCCGUUCAGCGCCGUGGGGCUCGAGCUCUGGUCCAUGACUUCUGACAUCUUCUUCGACAACUUCUUCAUCUCCAACGACCGAAAUGUCGCCGACCGCUGGGCCGCCGACAGCUGGGGGCUAAAGAAGGCCGCCGAGGGUGCAGCCGAGCCCGGGCUGGCAGCUCAGAUGCUGAGCGCUGCAGAGGAGCGGCCGUGGCUCUGGAUCGUCUACGUCCUCACCGUGGCUCUGCCCGUCGUCCUCAUCGUCGUUUUCUGCUGCACUGGCAAGAAGAAGAGUUCAGCGUCGCCGGCGCAGUACAAGAAGACUGAUGAACCUCAGCCUGACGUGAAGGAGGAGGAGGAGGAGGAGGAGGAGGAAGUUGAAGGGGAGGAAGAAGAGGAGGCAAAAAAGAUGAGUGCAGGUCCAGAGGAGAAAAAUGAAGAAGAGGAUGCUGCAGAGGAAGAAGAGAAGGAGGCUUCAGCAGACGAGAAGCUGGAGGACGAGGUUCUGCGAAGAUCUCCCAGGAGCAGGAAGUCCAGAAAGGACUGAUUUUUCUGAUUCCACCGCCCGAGCUCAACACCUCCCACCCUCCUCCUCCUCUUCCUCCUCUUCCACUCCCAAGGUGAUGAAGCUUAAAUGAAUCCAGUGGAAGCAGAGAAGCCGACAGGAAAUUAUUCAACAUCUCCCCGUCUUCCUCCUCCCCUCUUCCACAUGAUGACGAUGAUGAUUCCAGUGUGAAGCGGGCUGACUUAGUGAGACUGUAAAGGAUUUUUGUUUUUGUAACUGAGAUUCACUAAAACUUGCUGCGUCAUUCCUCCACGACAGCUGAGCGAGCUGCGGGGCCGAGGCGCCACCUGGCUCCACCAACCGGUCAGCAGAGCGUUGGACUACAAACUGGCUGCUAACCAACCCACAGAUAACUUACUCACAAGCAACUAACUACUAACAGUUUCUAAAGUUAACUAGUUGGCCUACUAUCUGCCUAAAUUCACCUAUUGAUUAGAGAAUAUUUUAACCGGGAACACUCCGACUUUUCUUGUGUUGUUUCUCCGUUAGUUGUAACGUAGUUGCUGUCUGCAGCGUUUCUGCAGCUUCAGAGGUUAUGAAACGACGUCAGACGUCCUCUGCUUCUCAUCGUCUGCACGUCGGACAUGAAGACGUUUGAGAAAUCGGCUCCUCCUGAUAGUUUCAGAUUUAAAACCUGCCUCCUUCAUCCAGCAUUUCAUCCUCCGUAAUACAGGAUUCCUUCAUUCAGACACCGGGUUCCUUGCUCGUCAACCCUUCCCACCUGUGAGCUUCAGCCCCACUUAAAGAGGUGGCACUUAAAGGCAAAAUGUUCCCAAGUUAAUAGCUUUCAGACACAUCUCAGAGCUUCAGGGUUAAACCAACUGGUAAUCUGUUUUUUUUAUUUUUAUUUUUUAUUAGGGGGUCGUUUCUGAAAGCUGUAACUAAAAUCAGGAGGACCUGCAGUUACCUGCUGCCACCACAGGUGUCAGUAAAGAGCCCAUUCUGCUGCUCGACUUUCUUAGAAACCCACCAUGUUGCUUCCUGUUUACCACGUGACCAGUUAAUUUAAUUUGGAGUAUCUGACCAAGACAAGACGUCACAAUAACAAAACCUGCUGUUAAAUAUUGUUAACGCCAAAAGAACAUCAAAUUUUUUUUUUUAUAUCCAUUCACAAAGUUAAUCAAAUUCAAUUUACUGGUAAGCUUGAAGUGGAGAGGUUCCAAAACCCCAAAUUAAACAACCGCUUUUUUUUUUUUUUAAAAGGUUUUUCUGUUUCCAUGCCAACCUCAAUUUCAGAUGAUGAAAAGAGUUUUUGUCAUUUUCUAAUAGCUUGUUGUACCAAUAACGAUCACUAGGAACAGAGAAAAUAACCAUGUUACAUUUGGGGACAAAUCGCUGAUUUUAUGUUCAGAACUGUCAUCAGUGGAGAACGAACAGAUUUUUUUUGUUUCAUUGUUUUUCUGGUAGAGAUUAAAUGCGUUUAAUUAUUGUAGCAGAACAAGUGAGAGCUGCACUGAGACUGAAACUGAUCAUCAGCAGCACACUGAGCUUCCUCCUCUUCAUCCUCCGUGGGCUGAUGGGUGGAUUCGGUUCUGGUGGCGUCGGGCUGAAGCCGCCUCGCUGACUGUAGACUGAACACUGUAUCUGCUGCGUUUUGUUUUUUGUUUUAGUCGCCUCGAACGGCUUGUGGCACUGCAGGAAGGUCCAGCUUUGAAUCGAAACACUGUGACGAUGGAGCCUGAUGUUUGUGUGUUUGUUGACACGCAGUAAACGUUUUGUUUUGAUGAAUUAAAAAAAGGCCAAAUGGACCUAAAGGUU